GCUGUCAGCCGCCUCCUCAGCAACUUCUUUUCUUGUGCUUGAUAAUUGAGUCUCACGGGAGACCAAGAAAUAAAACAGAAAUUGAGCAUUUUUUGUUGACUCUUAAAUUGAGGAUUGUUUCUUCUUUUCUGUUCGCUUUUUAAAAAACCUGGUAGAAGCAUCUUCACAGUGGGGCUAUAGUCAUCCCUCCAAAGUUACAGCUGCUCUAAAUCUGUCUCGAACAGUUAUGGCAACAAGCAGCCAUCAUUUGGCAUCCCGGGAUACAAAACCAGCUUCUGGACAGCAUGGAACAGCUAAUGUGAACAGAUCGCCAUCAAGUAAGGUGGAUCUCAAGAGUGGCCUAGAAGAAUGUGCAGUGGCAUUGAAUUUAUUUCUUAGUAACAAGUUUACAGAUGCCUUAGAACUGCUUCGACCAUGGGCUAAAGAGAGCAUGUACCACGCUUUGGGCUACAGUACCAUUGUGGUGUUGCAGGCUGUCAUGACCUUUGAGCAACAGGACAUCCAAAAUGGCAUUUCUGCAAUGAGGGACGCCUUACAAACCUGCCAAAAAUAUAGAAAAAAAAGCACAGUUGUGGAAACUUUCUCAAGUCUUCUUUCUAGAGGAUCAUUUGAACAGCUGACUGAAGAGGAAAUGCAUGCUGAAAUCUGUUAUGCCGAGUGUCUUCUACAGAAAGCAGCACUCACGUUUGUGCAGGAUGAAAAUAUGAUCAACUUCAUCAAAGGUGGACUCAAAAUAAGAACAAGUUACCAAAUAUAUAAAGAAUGUCUUUCUAUCCUGAAUGUAACUCAGAACAAAAAGGUCGAACAACAGUUUUUCUAUGAAUUUGAAGGGGGUGUCAAGCUUGGAAUAGGGGCCUUUAAUUUGAUGCUGUCUCUUUUACCAGCACGGAUUAUCAGGCUACUAGAAUUUAUAGGAUUUUCUGGAAAUAGGGAACUGGGCCUUCUACAGUUACGGGAAGGUGCAUCAGGAAUGAGCAUGAGGUCUUCACUGUGCUGCUUAACUAUCCUAGCUUUUCAUACCUAUAUCUCCCUAAUACUUGGUACAGGAGAAGUGAAUGUUGUGGAAGCAGAGAGUCUCCUUGCGCCCUUCCUGCAGCAGUUUCCAAAUGGCUCACUUAUGUUGUUUUAUCACGCCCGGAUACAGCUGCUAAAAGGGAAUGUGGAAGAGGCACAAGAGACAUUUCGAAAAUGCAUUUCAGCUCAAGAAGAGUGGAAACAGUUUCACCAUCUCUGUUACUGGGAGCUGAUGUGGAUUCAUGUAUACCAACAAAACUGGAUGGAGGCGUAUUACUAUUCAGACCUGCUUUGUAAAGAAAGUAAAUGGUCUAAGGCAACAUAUGUGUUUUUGAAAGCUGCAAUUUUGAGUAUGCUUCCAGAAGAGGAUGUAGAAUCCACUAAAGAGAACAUUAUAACUUUAUUCAGGCAGGUGGAUAGCUUGAAGCAGAGAAUUGCUGGGAAAUCUAUCCCCACUGAGAAGUUUGCUGUGAGGAAGUCUCGUCGUUACUCUGCUUCCUUGCCUGCCCCUGUGAAAUUGGUCUUGCCGGCCCUGGAAAUGAUGUAUGUCUGGAAUGGUUUUCCAAUAGUGAGCAAAAGAAAAGACCUUUCUGAAAAUCUGUUGGUAACUGUUGAAAAGGCUGAGGCAGCUUUACAGAAUGAAAACCUCAGUGACUACUCUGCAGACGACGAGUGCCUGGUGAAGCUGCUGAAAGGAUGCUGUCUGAAGAACUUACAACGGCCUCUGCAAGCAGAACUGUGUUUCAAUCAUGUUAUCCAAAGUGAAAAGCUACUGAAGUACGACCACUACCUAGUGCCAUUCACCCUGUUUGAGUUGGCAUGUUUGUACAAAAGCCAAGGGGAAAUUGACAAGGCCACCAAGGUGCUGGAGACUGCAAGAAACAACUACAAAGAUUACUCCAUGGAGUCUAGACUACACUUCAGAAUUCAGGCAGCUCUUCACCUCUGGAGAAAACCUUCCUCAGAUUGACCAGAAUGUGAAGGACACACCGACAUCUGCUAUAGAUUAGACCUCGUAUUCCAAGUGGAAAAGUGAAUCUUGUGAAUGAGAGGCAAAAAAAUCCCUAAGUUUGUUGUCAAUAUUUUCUAUCAUCUCUGUGGCUUACUGUUGGUCUACAUAAAUGUUUGUCCCUCCUAUGGAAUGAUACUGUCUAGAAAAUUCUUAUAUUUUGCUUCUCCAAAAAGCUGGAGAGUGAAGAAGUCUUUUAAAGGACUGACAGGUACAAUAAAGUCUAAUUAGAUUAUUUAUUUUUUUAUGUGAAAAUUAAUAUUGUUUAAGUAGCAAAUGACUUGUAAGUUAGGCAAUUUUUAGAUUUGUUAAAUUCCAGCAAUACUUUGUUGCCUGGUAUUUAAGUUUCAGAGGAGAAAUAAAAAUCAUCUAAAUUUAAAAUAGCUUCAGAAUAUUGUUAUGACAAUUCCGGGAAAAGAAGGCAAUGGAUGUAGACAGGAACAGGACAAUAUACUGAGUAGGUUGAAGAGACUUGUAUCUAGAAAAGAUAAUGAAAUACUGUAUAUUUUUAUUCUUUAUGUAAGUUCAAAAUGGUGAUAUUUUGAGAGAUUGUCCAGUGUUUGAAUGUAUUUAAAUCUGUUAUAAUAAUUCAAAAAGCUCUGUGUAGCUUAAGGAAAGAAAAAGUCAUAUUUUAUAAAUGAUCCUUAACCUUAGUUAGCAAUGUGAGCUGAAUUAGCCAAGCUCCUCCAUUCUUGAUACACAAAAUAUCAAUCAUUUUUACACUCAUGAUGUUGGAGUGUAAGAUCCAGUUUUCUAGUCUCUCUAGCACUGUGACGGUUCCUUGUAAAAUCUAGACUGUGCUUUGUCCCUGAAUUGGGAAACAGCAUCAAAGGCUGGGAGCAAAGAGCCACUCUGAGCCUGGCUCUGCUGCCGGUAAGCAUUUCACCGGGUCACCUUGAGGGAGCUCUCUGCUCACGGCCUCACCAUGUUCUCUUCAUCUGUGAAAUGGAAGUUGAACAGUUGAUGUUCAAGCUCUCUUUCAGUCUUUUAACUGUGAGUCUAUGCACUAAGUAUUUAUUUUUGGCAAUUAAUGUUAAAAUGUUCAAUCCAAACCAUUCCUGCUUAGAGGGAGCUUUAAUUUACCCUCAUCCCUAUCUGUCCCUGCCCUCCAUCUGUAUGUGUUUAUGUAUGUGUUGAGGCUAAGGACAGAACUGUAUCUAGAGAUAGGAGGAACAGUUUGAGAACUGAUGAAUCAAGGUUUUGCCUUACUUCUAUUUCUAUUGUGAGGAAGAGUAAGUUGUCAUGGAAACUCUUCAGUUUGAAAAAGACAGCUCCAGUUUGGGAGUCUGGUGCUCAUCGCGAUUAGUUAGUGGUUCCCUGAGAUGGAGCAAGUCUUUCACACUUCUUGGGCUUCAGUUUCCCCACUGGGGACAGCAAUAUGGUGCUUGGUGCUUUGAGGUUCAGUUAUAUCAGACAUAGGACAGUCUUUGUAAACGAAAAGGCUCUGUGAGUGAGUUAUUGUAAUAAUUAUGGUUUUAUGCACUGAUCACAUCUACGUGACGGUUUUGGCUGAGCCUCUGGUCUUUGACAUAAAAUGAAAAAGCAAGUAAAUUCAGAUACUUUAACUUUAUUGAUGUGUUUGGCACUGACAGUAGCUCAGAGUAUGAAUUUGUACUCUGUUCUUUAUUUCUACCCACUUGAGCUUGUGCCCAGCAGGAUUUUAGUCCUUUUUUUUAUUGCCGAUUCUUGAACAAUACUGAGUAUGGUACUAAUGCAACUCAAAUCAGAAUACUCUUACCUCUUCAGAUAAUAAGUAGUAGAUCUUAGUAUGUGUUAAUAUGAAUCAAACAAAUUUAGCUAUAGAUGAAAGAGGAAAUUAAAUUAGUCAAAAUUAAUUGUGGAAAAUAUGGUUAAUAUUAUUUUGUAUAUUUAGAAAAAAAUUUACACAGACCUUAGAAAAGUUUAGAUGGCAUUAUUUAAAAAAAAAAAUGAACAUCCAUGUGAACUAGAAAAUGAGCAGUUGAAACUGCAAUCAGAAUGACAAUUCUCUUUCUGGUAUAAAAUGAAAACUUAAGCUAACAAUGUGGGCAUUUGAAAAUUUUAAUUCUGCAUUACCAAGCAAAUAUAAAAUAAAUUCAUAUCUCCUAUUUAAAUUUUUUCUUUGUUAUUCUUUACUCAGUAUUUAUUAAUGCUUCCUAAUCAUUUUAUAGUUACCUGGUAAUAUGGGUAACCUAGUAGAUUUUUACAUGCUGUAAAAUCCCAUAAAAAAAUUGUUUCCUGUCUUGUGUGAGACACUGUGGUGGUAUCAGUUCCUUGUGACAUCAAGUAGCAUUAGAUUUUUUAAAUUACUUUGUGACUCAGGGUGUUCUGUAAAGAAUGAGUACUGAAGAGACAAUGUUUUAUCUAAUGUUCCCAGGGGCAUAUGUGAUGGGGUUUGGCUGCCAGUAAGUCUGUGCAAUUUGUGUAGUUCCUUGUAUAAUUGCCUUUUUUUAAAAAAAAAAAAAAGGAGAAUCAGGGUUCUGAUUGAGUAAAUUCAAUAUUCAAAUAGAGGUUAUACUUUGUAGCAUUGGUGACAAGAAGGAUGAUAUGCAUUUGACAAUUAAUGGGUGACUAACUACAUCAGCUCUUAUAUGUAAAUGCAUUUUUUUUAAGAUUUAUUUAUUCAUACAGAACUGGGGUACAGGCUAGAGAUGU